ACGGCACCGAUCAAAGCGACAUGACGAAACACCGUCAUACGGAGGGACGGACACACCGAGACUGAGACGGACAGACGCCCGCCCCUCCUGCUCUCUGACGGCUGACUGCUGACUGACACACCGCGGCGCUGCUGGACACACUCUGGAACAUACAUGCACACUCCCGGGCACACUCCCGGACACACUCCCGGGCAGCGCGUCCGAGCGGCCGCUAAUUGGAGAGCGCCCCCCCGCAGAUGAGGCUUUUGUAUGUGGAGCCGCAGGAGCGAGAGUGAGCCGCCUCGGAGGAGCCGGCCCUGACAGGAUGAGCGCCGUGAGCGAAGGAGAGGACGUGCUCGCGCGAUGGACCGACGGCCUGCUCUACCUCGGCAACGUCAAGAGAGUGGACGGGCUGAAACAGUGCUGUCUUGUUCGUUUCGAAGACAACUCGGAGUUUUGGGUCCUGCGCAAAGACAUCCACACCUUUGCAGGUGCGGGGGAGGACGUGUGCUGUGUCUGCGAUGGUCCACCUCUCAAAGAGCCGCUCAUCACAUGUCUCAAGUGUCGGCACGGGUACCACGCGGCCUGUCACUCGCCCCCUGUUGAUCCGGAGGUGGACAUAGACUCAUGGAUCUGCCGACACUGUGUCUUUGCCGUGGCUACAAAGAGGGGAGGGGCCAUGAAGCGGGGCCGUUUCGCCAGGCUCAUGCAGUACAUGAAACUGCGGCUGCCCUAUCAGCUGUCGUCUCUGGACUGGGACCCUCAGCAUCUGACCAAUCAGCAACAGUGUUACUGCUACUGCGCUGGCCCAGGAGAGUGGAAUCUGAAGAUGCUGCAGUGUGCGCGCUGUGGACAGUGGUUCCAUGAGGCCUGCACUCAGUGUCUGUCCAAGCCUCUGCUCUAUGGGGACAGAUUCUAUGAGUUUGAGUGCUCCGUCUGCACCAAGGGCCCAGAGACCAUCCAGCGGCUGCCCAUGACCUGGGUGGACCUGGCUCACCUGGUCCUCUACCACCUCUCUCUGUGCUGUAAGAGGAAGUACUUUGACUUCGACCACGAGAUCCUGUCCUUCGCCAACGAGAACUGGGACUCUCUGCUGCUGGGCGCGCUGUCGGACACUCCGAGGCAGGAGCGCUGUCACCACCUGCUGGCUGCUCUCAACGUGCACAAGGACAGGUUUGUGUCGGGUAAAGAGAUCAAGAAGAAGAAGUGCCUGUUUGGACUCCAGGUGCGAGCUCCGCCCCCUUUGGCAUCAGACACCUCCCCCGUCCUGACAGAGGCUCCGGUCAGCAUCGGUCACCGCAAAAGCCCACUGUCAGUGCCCUGUCCAAAGAGAGUGGGGGCGCUAGAGCCCCGUAAACCCAAGAGACGCCUCCCGGAGUCACAGACAUGUCCGGCCCCUGUGGGUGACCACAUAGAAUGUCUCCCAUGUUGUCAUGGUUACAUGGGCGGGACCAAUCUCUACAACAGGAAGUCGGAUCAGGGGUACAGCCCGAGCCCUCCAUCCAAGCGCAUGUGGGCCUUCUACCACAACUCGUACAACGGGAGCAUGGGACUGUCCAGGAACCUGCACUACUACAACAGUAUGGAGGAGCCUCACAGGAUGCCCGCGCAGUGCCUGCAGUACCCAGUCAACCCCAACAGCGCCCCCCAGUGCCACGCCCAGUACCAGCAACACCCCCGCCACCAGCCUCCAGAGGGCAGCAGACCGGCGCACGCGGCUCUGGGGCACGACCUCCCGCUGUACCAGGGCAACGUGGGCAGGGGGGUGGGCGGAGCGGGGGGCGGGGCUUCUGCAGAGGGAGGAGGGGCCAUGGGCAAGGGCUGGGGAGGGGCCGAGGCGGUGCGGAUCCUGGCUCGCCGGGUCACGCACGACGGGAAAGUGCAGUACCUGGUGGAGUGGGAGAACGUGGGCGUGUACUGAAGCUACGUAACACUCCACAACAACCACGAGGUCUCGGGUUCGAUUCCCGGGCUGUGUGGAGUUUUCCUCAUGGACCUGAAACAUGCACAAUAGUCCCCCAGCUAGGUACCUCAGACCAUGGACACAGGAUCUGGAGAUGAGUGGAGUAUCGCGGUUGCUUCGGCAGCUUUGAAGGAUGUUUGGAAAGUUCUACCUUAGCACCAUCAGGCCGCCCACACAGUCUGGUCACUCCGCUGUGGGCCCGGUGUCUGUGACGGGCUGUGGGGGUAUACCGGUCAGAGCUGGAGUGGACAGGACCUCUUGUUAAACAGACCCGGUUAUUUA